AUGGCAGUGGAAAUGGGCAGUAAAAAUCACGAGUCAGUGCCGGUUGAUUUAAUUAGCAAGAUAUCCAAUGUGAAUUGUGAUAUGGCCGGGAUUAUAUCAGAUCUUGUAAGGCAGACAUUUCUGAAGAGUAUUCCCAGUAUAGAGACUGGAUAUGAAGGGUAUGCCCUGACGUAUAAUGGGUAUGAUAAUUUAGCACUGUAUGCUCUGCAGAGAGAGGGUGUAAUAGAGGGGAUUGCGAAUAAGAUCGGUGUAGGGAAAGAGUCUGACUUAUUCCUGGGCGUAUCACCAGAGAAGAAGCUUUUAUGUGUAAAGAUUCAUAAGCUAGGGAGGGUUUGUUUCAAGGCAGUAAAGAACACGAGAGAUUACCACCAGAAGAGAAAGCACACUUCCUGGAUGUAUUUAUCCAGAUUAUCAGCGCAGAAGGAGUACGAGUACAUGACAGAGUUAUACAGUAAAAGACUUCCCAUGCCUCGGCCGUAUGCCCAGAACAGGCACAUUAUUGUAAUGGAGUAUUUAGAGGGGUACACUGCAAUGUCCAAACUCCAGAGAUCGUCUAAAAUUAUUCCUGCAGCACUUAAACCCACUCUUUAUACGAUAAUUGACAGAUUAUAUGAGAUUGGAUAUGUACACGGAGACUUCAAUGAGUUUAAUAUCAUGGUACGAGAUGAUUUUAAACGAGUAAAGAUAAUAGACUUCCCACAAAUGGUAAAAAUAACGGAUAAAAAAGCAGAUGACUACUUAAAAAGAGAUAAAGAUGCGAUUGAAACAUACUUUAAGCAUUUCUAA